AUGAAUAUCAUAUUAUUCACAGUCUUAUUUUUUGUUAGAGCAGAUCACAUACCAGAAUUCAAAGCUGCCCUGGAUUUCAACCAAAUUAAUAGCUUCAAACAACACAUCCUAAAACCAAUCAUAACCCUUAUCUAAGGUGCUCAUCUCCCACUUGAUAUACAGAUGAAACAAUCAUUCCCCCUUAUAGGUAAAGUGGAACUAGAAAUCAAUGAAGUCUAUUUAUAAGAACUUACUCUUAAUUGGGAUGAUACAUUUAUCAUGCCUUAUCAAAAUAAAGAGGAUUCCAUAAUCUUAUAAUUAAGAUAAACAAAUAUCACAAUUGAAGCUUUCACUAGAUUAGUUUUUGGAGGAUGGUAAGUUCUAAAUACAGGUACAGUAUUUAAGUUAUAGAAUUUGGAUUUUAGUUUAGUCAUUUAAUUUGAUCCAACUACUUCUAAAAGAUCAUGGGUAAUAUAAACUUAAAUAUUUUAAGGGUUUCAAACCAAUAAUCAAAUAUGUCGAUAUUGCCUUAACACGUAUGUAAUUCAUCAUGGAUAAUGUUAUCAUACCUCCUUAAGCUGGAAUCAAUGCCUUUGUAGAUCUUCUUACUCCAAUGAUUAUCAAAUAAACCAAGAAGAUGAUUCUAUAAGUUGCUUCACCAGCAUUAGGAGUUUUAUCAUAAAAUUAAAGAUUACAAAUAGCUUAACAACUUGGUGAUUACAUGUAUCAAUUCCAAAUCACUUUCACUCAACCACCUUCUGUUAUCUAUGGAUAAACUACUUUUAUGAGUCUUCAAUUAGAUAUCUAAAUAGAAAAUGUUGACACUGGCAAUGGAUGUCCUAUUUUUGAUACUGGUAGCCUACCAAAUAGAGUACAUUCUCAUCAAGCAUUAGAACUAAUCCUUGGUGGUAAUAUUAUUGAUCAAUUACUUUGGUUAUUAAUUGAUAGCAAAAAAUUAGAUCUAACAAUAGAUAAUUCAAUGUUAGAAAACAUCGAUUUACCAAUUUCAUUAACUACUAAUGGAAUGAAACUUAUUAUACCUGAUUUUUAUGAAGCAUAUGGACCAGAUAAAGGAAUCUAUAUACGUAUAUAUGGAUAAACAGCUGAAUAAUAAAUGUAUAUUAGAAGUGGUAGAUUACUUGGAGCAAUGACUGUUAUGAUGGACUUUAUAGUUGAUACUAAUUCAAGUAAUUACCCUAAUAAUAAAUCUGAUUGUGAAUCUUGUGUAAUUGCUUAUACUGCUGAAGUAGAAUUAGGUGUAAUGGUCACACUAUAUAAUAAAUCACCAUAACUCUUUGCAGCUUCAGUCAUGCUUGUCAAGAUUAUUGAUAUUGAUUAAACAUCAGGUGAACUCUUGACAGUCCAAUAAUUAAGCAUUAUGCAAACACUAAAUUCUCUUGUUGGUGCUCUACUUCCUUCAAUCAAUCAAGAUUUAUAAAAAGGAAUUCAAAAUCCCUUUAUUGGAUUUUUUGGUCUAAAAGAAAUUGAUAUCACUAUGGGUGAUAGUUUCAUAUCUUUAGGAGUAGUACUUAAUGAAUGAU